AUGAUUAGUUUCCGAAUAAUAAGUAAUUACGGUAAAGUUUUAAUUCCUGCUUUUUCGUCACAGUUGCAGCUGAAACUGAACAUGUCAUUUCAAAUCCUGUUCAACUCUUUCUCAGAACUCACUAAUGACCAAAUAGUCCCACCAUCUCAACAGUCUGAAAGUACUCGCAAGUGUGGACUCAAUACAACUUGGACAUCCCGAAAUGGUAUGAGCGCGGGGAGUUCAGAUCUCAUGGACAGCAUAGACAAGCACCACACGAAAGCUAUUAGCAGCUUACUUCACAAAAGUCAGACUAAAUUCAACCUCUACAUCUUCGACGUGCAAAGGAGUUUUUGGGGGCAGCAUGGCACUUGGAGCCGGAAGCGUGGGUUCGAAUCCGACCAUGAGCUGUUCCACCCGCCCACUCAGAACUUCAAGAAGAUCAGAGUUGUCACUGUCGUGGAGUCUCCCUUUGUGGAGGUGGACUCUGACGAGAGUGGCCAACUGGUGUUCAGUGGAUUCUGUGUGGAUCUGCUGGACGAAGUGUCCAAACAGUUGAACUUCCAGUACAUCAUGUACAAUGCCUCCGAGUACGGCAGACUGGACGGACACUCGUGGGUGGGGGCUGUCGGAGAAGUCGCCUACAAGCGUGCGGACAUAGCAGUGAGUGGGAUGUUGAUCACCAGUCAGCGGGAGGAGGCGGUGGACUUCAGCACCAGAUUCAUGGACUACGGGGUCGGCAUCCUCAUCCGCAAGACCACCCCCUCCCAGACUGUGUUCGGGUUCCUGCAACCCCUCAACCCACAAGUGUGGACAUGUGUGGCCAGCACAAUCUUCAUUGCUGGUGGUGUGAUGUUCCUGGUGACUAGAAUCAGUCCCAACACCAGAGGGAGACACUAUAAUAGACAUGGCCAUAGUCAUGGACAUGGACAUAGUAUGCAGGAUAGAUAUGUGGACCCCCUCAGUGACUACUCCCAAUUCACCUUCCGCAACUCCAUCUGGUUCACCAUGACAUCCAUCAUGCAACAGGGAGGCGAUCUGCACCCGAAGAGUGGAGCUGCACGCAUCAUGGGCUGUUUCUGGUGGUUCUUCACCCUCAUCAUCACAGCCACCUACACAGCCAACUUGGCCGCCUUCCUCACUGUGAACAGAAUGGAGACCCCCAUAGACUCCCUGCAGAGUCUGGUGGCCCAGAAUAACGUCAAAUACGGAACUGUCAGACACUCUCCCAUACAUCUGGACUUCAAGAACCAGUCUGAGAUGAAUGCUCUCUAUGAGCGGAUAGCGAACUACUUGGACCACCAGCACAGCAACAAGGACUCUAUCCUUGUGGAUGAUGCCGAGGAGGGGUACAGGAGGGUGAGAGAGGGGGGAUACGCGUUCAUGUGGGACAACCCCAUUCUACAGUGGAUGAAGAGGAGGGGUACAGGAGGUUGA